AUGUUGAGAUUCAGCAUUCAAAGAUCUGCAAGAGCUGUCUUCAGAGCUGGGGCUAGCUCUGGUGCGUUAUUGCCAAGAAGCUUCGCUCCAUCGCUAACCAGUGCAAUGCGCAUACCCAAUAGCUUACAGUACUCCACAAAAUUACCCCCAAAGUUGACUUCCGAGUCGUACCCUAAUAUCGAACGUCUAGCUUCGUUCAAAAAACUAGCUGCGGACGACAUGACCUUUUUCCGGUCAAUUCUUUCGGAAAGUGAGAUUUUGCUGGCCACCGAAGAUGAGGAUCUGGCGCUGUUCAAUGAGGACUGGAUGCGUAAGUACAAAGGUCAAUCUAAAGUGGUUUUGAGGCCCAAGAAAGUGGAACAGGUCGCACAAAUCCUUAAAUACUGUAACGAACAAAAACUGGCAGUCGUUCCCCAAGGUGGAAACACUGGUCUUGUGGGUGGAUCGGUACCCGUUUUCGACGAAAUCGUUUUAAGCUUAACCCAGCUCAAUAAGAUCCGUGAAUUCGAUCCUGUGAGUGGUAUUUUGAAGUGCGACGCGGGUGUCAUCUUGGAAAACGCGGACUCUUUCCUUGCUCAACACGGAUAUGUCUUUCCAUUGGACUUGGGAGCCAAAGGAUCAUGUCACGUAGGCGGUGUAGUGGCCACCAAUGCCGGAGGGUUGAGGCUGUUGCGUUAUGGAUCGCUACACGGGACCGUUUUGGGGCUCGAGGUCGUUUUACCCAAUGGUGAAAUAUUGAACUCCAUGAACGCUUUGAGAAAGGACAAUACAGGGUACGAUUUGAAACAGUUAUUCAUCGGGUCGGAAGGUACCAUUGGUGUCAUCACGGGUGUUUCUAUUUUGACACCUCCUCGUCCAAAAGCCAUUAACGUCAGCUUCCUCGGCGUUGACAGUUACGAGGCGGUGCAAAAAGUCUUCGUACAAGCCAAACAAGAACUCUCGGAAAUUUUGUCUGCUUUUGAGUUCAUGGACCUAAAUUCUCAGAACUUGGCUAGGAAACACCUGAAGGAUGUACCUCACCCGCUCGAGGACGAAUAUCCAUUCUACAUCCUCAUAGAAACCUCAGGCUCGAACAAAGAACACGACGAUACCAAACUUGAAGCUUUCCUGGAGAAGGCCAUGGAAGACGGCACUGUUCUGGACGGUGUUGUGGCACAAGACGAAACAGAAUUGCGCAACCUUUGGGAAUGGAGAGAGUCGAUCCCCGAGUCCAGUCAAGCUGGCGGUGGUGUUUACAAGUAUGACGUUUCAUUACCACUCAAGGACCUUUAUUCUCUAGUUGAGGCCGCAAACGAAAAGUUAAACGAACAGGGUCUUUUGAGCGAGACUGACGCUGCGAAGCCCGUGAUCAGCGCUGUGGGUUAUGGCCACGUUGGUGACGGAAACUUGCACUUGAACGUGGCCGUCAGAGAAUAUACCAAAGAUGUAGAAAAGGCCCUGGAACCUUUUGUCUACGAGUUUAUCUCCUCCAAGAACGGCUCCAUCAGCGCAGAACAUGGAUUAGGAUUCCAGAAGAGGAACUAUAUUGGCUACUCAAAGAACGACCAAGAGAUCAAGAUGAUCAAGCAGCUGAAGAGCUUGUAUGACCCUAACGCCAUUUUGAACCCAUACAAGUAUGUUUAA